AUGGAUUUGAAAUGCAAAUCCAAAUCUAAAUCCAUGAUCCCAAAUAGAGCCUUAGAUGCUAUGUUGCACCAAUACUCCACUAGACAGAAGUAUGCAAGUACCGGGCAAGCAUUCGAUACUUGCCCAAUACGCCCUCGAUGUGUAUUGGAUACGGGAAAUGAAGUAUCGUGGACUUUUCAGCUAAGUUGA